GCCAUGGAUAACGAGGAUCAGAGGGUCGUCGAACUCUCGGCCCUGUCUGCCAUCUUUCCAGAGAUACAGAGGCUCACUGAGGAUGAUCCGUAUAUAUUCACACUCGACAUCCCCGUGAAUGCAACAAAGACAGUCACCGUCUAUUUCCCCGCGGCAGGGACUGGGCAGCUACCCAAUCCAGUCGUUCCCCAGGCCACGCUCGAGCGGGCAGACGAUCCACCCCAGAUCGACUCCCAUGAGCUGUCAUAUCUGCCUGCAGUCCACCUCCAAAUCUCUUUGCCGCCAGCUUAUCCGACCGAGCAGCCCCCGAGCGUCCAUGUGUCGACGACACCAUCAUGGCUGCCACCUGAAACGGCGAAGAAGCUGGAGAACGACUGUGCCCGGCUGUGGGAGGAGCUCGGCCGAGACCUUGUGGUUUUCACCUAUGUCGACCAUGUUCAGCAGUUGGCAGAAGAUGUAUUUGGGCUGGUUGAUGAUAGCGGCACUCUGGAGAUCAGCCCUGAACACAAGAUUGCUAUCCUGGAUUUUGAUAUCGGGGCAAAGCGGGCAGCAUUUGAGAAGCAGACCUUUGAUUGUGGCGUCUGCGCAAAAUGCCAUCGAAUGCUCGACUGCGGCCAUGUGUUCUGUGUCGAGUGUUUGCAGGACUUCUACAACAACGCCAUCACCGAAGGUGACAUCGCAACGGUUCGCUGUCUGCAGCCGAACUGCGCCAAAGAGCGAGAAACUGUCAGGACUACGGGUAGUAAGAGGCCGAAGAAGUCGAAGACUUCUAUCAGCCCAAGUGAGCUCCUUCAAAUCCCACUCGAACCUGAGAUGGUGAAGCGUUACGUGGCCCUGAAGUACAAGACAGAGCUCGAGAGUGACAAGAACACCAUCUACUGCCCUCGUUCAUGGUGUCAGGGCGCAGCUAGGUCCAAGAAACGCAAAAAGCCGCAAGGGUUUGAGCUUCAUGAGACAGAUAAUGACUCUGACGAAGAGGCUAAGGAGGCCACCGAAGACCCUACUGAGACAUCCAAGCAAGGCCUUGAGCCUUACCAACCCGAGGACAGACUCGCUGUGUGUGAAGACUGCCAUUUCGCAUUCUGUAGCAGGUGUCGUCAAAGCUGGCACGGCGAGUUCGUCGUGUGCGCCCCACCACGAGACUCUCAGGAGCUCAGUCAAGAGGAAAAGGCCUCUCUCGAGUUUAUUGAUUUGCACACGACACCCUGUCCAACAUGUGGCUGCCCGGCCCAGAAGACACAUGGAUGCAACCACAUGACCUGCUUCAAAUGUCAAACGCAUUUUUGCUACCUCUGCUCUGCCUGGUUGAAUCCCAGCAACCCAUACCAGCACUACAACCGUUUACCAAAUGGUGGCGUGACCUCCUGUUACAUGCGCUUGUGGGAGUUGGAAGAAGGAGACGAAGACGGGGGGAAUGAUUUCGCUGGA